AUGCAAUUUGAAGAAAACGAGAACUUUGAAAUUGUCCUGCCACGAAAGAAGAAAUCGAACUCAAAGAACAUCAAACAAAUCAAUCUUGACGAGGUUAAAGUUCCUGUUAGAAAAAGUUCCAGUUUUCACGACGAUGAAGGCAUCGGUUCUGCUUCGCCAACAUACGAGUCUGAUGAUCAUCGUAAUCCCUCAGCUCCAGUAACACAGCCAAAGAAAAAGUCAAAGCCUUCGAAAAAGAAGCAAGGAAAGAAAAACGCCAAGAAAAAGGCCAACAAAGCCAACAAUUCAAAACCGAAGGAGACCCCGAAAGAAGAAGAAAACCACUCUGAAGCGAACAACAACAAUCAUGAAUCUUGCUCCGCAACAGCCAGCCCGGAAAGCGAUGCUGAAGCCCCGUCGGAACAUCGUAGAAGACGAAAGUCAUCGAGAUGCGAUGGGGACGGAAACGAGAUUCGCCACCGUCGAAUCAGCUGGGCUGAGGAGCUGGUCUUGGAGCCUUCUCGAGUGCGGACAUGCUCUGAAGGGUCGAUCCUGAACAAAGAUGGCAAUGACUGGUCAGUUGAUCAUUACGUCUGCGACUGCGGAUUUGCCGGAUGCGAUUGUGACGAAACUUCAGGAGCGAUUCAUCCUGAAUGGACACCUAGAAACAUUCAGUGGAACUGCCGGUACCGCUCGUUGAGCUCAAUGAAAAAGUCCGAGCUCAAUUUCAUUGAACAAAAGUUCUACUAUUGUGACUCCCAACGGCAUUUAAAACUCGGGACAGGUAAAUCCGCCGAGUCAGGGACUUCGGUUUACUUCGCGCUGGGCGUAGAUGGACAGGAACAUGUGGCACGAAAGCUCAAGACGAAACAACUGCCGCAGCUCAAGCCAAGCCUCGUGAAAAACUUGCUCAAGAUUCGACACCCGAAUCUGAUCAAAUAUCAAGAGUUCAUCAUUCUCAAGAACCAAACGUAUGUGCUUCAAGAACUGGUUGACUUCUCUCUCGGCCGAUGGCUAGAGAACAAGACAAUCUGCCAGCCGCUCGACAAACUCAACCUCUGCCACCAACUCGUUGCCGGGAUUCAGUAUCUUCACGAAAAUAACAUUGCACACAAAGAUUUGAGACCGGUAAACGUUUUGCUCAAUCAAAGUGGCAGACUUAUAGUUACCAACUUCGGCAUUGUGCCCCAUAUUGCACCAAACAAGGGAAAAACGACUGACCAAAGACUGGACGAAUUAAGAACGAGUAGUGCCGAAUGUUGGAGAGCCUCCGAGACGAUAUGGCAGAUAACCGAGGACUUUCAAAUUGAAUCAGAUAUCCCGCCUCUUGGAAUGAUGAUUUACACAAUUUUAACCGAUGGCCAGCAUCCUUAUGGAUUGUCUGGGAGAAGAGAGUCCGUAAAACUUUGCAUCAAGAACAUGAUGACGCCAAGAUACUGCCUAAACUUGCUGAACGGAAAUGUUUUCGCCAAAGAACUCGUGCGUAAAAUGCUGCAGAAGGACCCGAAGUCGCGAAUUACGGCUACAGAUGCGUUCAAGGACUCGCUUUUCUGGACGAGACAACAAAAGCUCGAGCACAUUGAACACAUCCUAACAGGACCGAAGUCGAGUGCUCUUGAAAACCAGAGUUCCCGUUGCUUCAUUCCAAUCUGCGGGCAUUUCGGGAACCUUCCCGCCAUCCUAUCAUCCGCCCACGACGCCGACACCGGCCACGAAGCUCUCGACAACCUAGCUACCGCUUUCGCAGAGAUUUCGCCUAUCGACUCACCAAAUCACAGAGAGCACUUUCUCGAGGGAAUCCUCGAAUCUCUCCCUCAACUCGUCCCACUCACCCAGCAGCAUGCGAAGAUCGAGAUCGAAUGCGCACUUGAGAUCGGAGAAGUGGAUUACGAAUCAUCCGAGUAA